AUGGAUAUAAACCAGGAAGGUAAAACUUCCCCUGACGAUUAUGAUUUUGUGGAUGUAACAUCUCGAAUGACAAGUGGUGUCGUAACGCAAGAGUUCACUAAUCCAACAAGUAUGGAUGUAAACUCGGAUCUCAUUUCAUUAAGAAGAGACACAGACUUCAAAUUAGCCGACGCUGAUGGUCUAGAAUACAAUCGGACUCCCCAAAAAAUGAGAGAAAAUGAUUCAAUACGCAAGUACUGGGAGGAAUCCCCCGAAGUCUAUGGAAUAAGACGGUCUGGUCGAGAAAGAAAAGAACCAACUCGUCUCCAUAUUGGCAAUACUAGUGAUAGUGAAAGUGUCACACGAACCAAACGAAAAAAAUCUAAUAAUGGCAACAGUCAUCGAGGCAUGAAACGUAAAGCUAGAAGUGGGAAACGUAGUUCAUCAAAGUCAAAGGGAGAUAGUGUAUCAGACGAAGCAUACAGAGCUAGUCGUAUAUCACAACGACGUGCUGCUGCUAAUGUUAGCUACAAGGAAGAAUCUGAGAAUGAUUCAACAGGAUCUGAUGAACUUUUGAAUAUACAAGAUAAAAGCAAUCUUUCUGGUACUGUUGUAGAUGAAGAAUAUGACACAAUAGAAAAGAUCUUGAAGCACAGAGUUGGCAGAAUUGGUGAUACAGGUGCCAAUACAACAUGGUAUGCCCUUAAAGAUAGAGAUCAUACCCCAACUGAGGCAAAUCCAACAGAUGAUGACCAAACAGAGAUCCAGUACUUAGUAAAAUUUAAAGAUUGGGCAAAUAUUCAUAAUACCUGGGAAAGUGAGCGAAGCUUAAAGGAACAAAACGUCCGCGGAUUGAAAAAGUUGAAUAAUUAUAUUAAAAGAGAGAAAGAAAUCGAUGAGUGGAAACAAAUGGUAUCUCCAGAAGAUUUGGAAUAUUUUGAAUGCCAAAGACAAAUGAUCGAUGAAUUAUUUUCUCAGUACACUCAAGUAGAAAGAGUUAUAGCUUGCCGGUUAAUUAAGCAAAUGACUGGUGGCAGUACCGCUGAUUACUUAGUAAAAUGGCAAGGAUUACCAUAUGCUGAUUGUACCUGGGAAGAUGGUGAUCUCAUUAAUCGUCAUUUUCCCAAUACAAUUCAAGCUUAUUAUAAACGACAGGAAAAUAUUAAGAUUCCGGAUAAAAAUUGCAAAGUAUUGCGUAAUCGUCCAAAGUUCGUCUUGUUAAAGUCACAGCCGGACUAUGUGGGUAACUCUACUCAUCAAUUACGCGAUUAUCAAUUAGAUAGUUUGAAUUGGAUGAUUCACGCUUGGUGCAAGGAAAACUCAAUAAUUCUCGCGGAUGAAAUGGGCCUUGGAAAAACAAUACAAGUAAUAUCAUUUCUGUCAUAUUUAUAUCAUUCUCAUUCUUUGUAUGGAAUUUUUUUACUGGUCGUGCCAUUAUCUACGAUGACGUCGUGGCAACGUGAAUUCGAGUUAUGGGCCCCAGAUAUUAAUGUAGUAGUUUAUUUGGGUGAUACUAAGAGUCGUCGAAUGAUUCGAGAUUAUGAUUGGUAUAAUUCGAAUAAACGCUUUAAAUUUAAUGCACUACUUACAACUUACGAAAUUGUAUUGAAGGAUAAGGAUAUUUUGAAAUCUUUUAAGUGGGCUUGUCUUGCAGUUGAUGAAGCGCAUCGAUUGAAAAAUGAUGACUCUCUUCUUUAUCGUUAUCUAAUGGAAUUUAAAACUGACCACCGUUUACUGAUUACUGGGACGCCAUUGCAAAAUUCACUAAAGGAAUUAUGGUCUUUACUUCAUUUUAUAAUGGAAAAACGUUAUGAUUCAUGGGAAAAGUUUAAAGAUAGUUUUAUGAAAGAUGAUGGAAGUAGCUACAUGUCACUGCAUCAGGAACUGCAGCCUUAUAUUCUUAGAAGAGUUAAAAAAGAUGUUGAAAAGUCACUACCCGCUAAAGUCGAACAAAUAUUGCGAGUUGAAAUGACAGCGAUACAAAAACAGUAUUAUAGAUGGAUAAUUACGCGGAAUUAUAAGGCUUUAAGUAAGGGCGCAAAAGGCAGCCUGGGUGGUUUCAUAAAUAUCAUGAUGGAGCUUAAAAAGUGCUGCAAUCAUGCAUCCUUAGUCAAAAUGGAAGAAAAAAAUAAUAAGGACGCUAUACAGUCUUUAUUACGAGGUAGUGGCAAAAUGAUACUAUUGGAUAAAUUACUGUGUCGGUUAAAAGAAACUGGUCAUCGAGUUUUAAUAUUCUCCCAAAUGGUCAGGAUGCUGGAUAUUUUAGCGGAAUAUUUGCAAAUAAAACAUUUCCUAUUUCAGCGCUUAGAUGGAUCAAUUCGUGGCGAUCUCCGAAAACAAGCUCUAGAUCAUUUCAACGCCGAUGGCUCGCAGGAUUUUUGUUUCCUGCUCUCGACUCGUGCUGGUGGACUCGGCUUAAAUUUGGCUUCAGCAGAUACCGUUAUAAUCUUUGAUUCUGACUGGAAUCCACAAAACGAUAUUCAAGCUCAAUCACGAGCUCAUCGAAUUGGACAAAGAAAACAGAAUAGCGUGGAAGAAGAGAUUAUUGAACGAGCGACUAAAAAGAUGGUAUUAGAUCACCUGGUUAUUCAGCGUAUGGAUACGUCUGGAAGAACAGUCCUCUCGAAAUCAUCUGCACCUUCAUCUGCAAACUUUACAAAGGAAGAGGUAGAUGUUAUACUGAAAUUUGGUGUUGAAGAAUUAUUUAAGGAAACUGACGGCGAGCAAGAUAAAAAGCUACAGGAAAUGGAUUUGGACGAAAUAUUACAAAGAGCCGAAACACAAAGUAUUGAAUCCACAAAAAAUACCCCAGGAAUGGAUUUAUUAUCUAGCUUUAAGGUCGCUAGUUUUGCAAUGGAAGAAGAGCUACCUAUAGAUGAAGAUGAAAAACAGUCAGCAAGGGAUUGGAGCGAUAUUGUACCAAGUGAUGAAAUCAAAAAAAUUGAAGAAGAAGAACAGCAGAGAGAGAUCUUAAAGACAAUUUUGAAACCUAGAAAUCGUAAACCAAUAAAUCAACUACAAUUACGAUUUGGUGGUGGGGCCUUAUUGGAAUCAAGUGACUCUAAUAGCGAUUCUGAGAAAAGGCGCGGUCACAACCGUAGAUAUAAGAAGCGGGCCAAUCACUCCGAUGAUACUGAUAGUGAAGCAGAUGUAGGCCAUGAGAAAGGGUCCAAAAAAAAGAGAGGUAGACCGCGAUCCGCCGUACGGGAUCUUGUAUUCGGAUUGACUAACACUGAACUAAGAAGAUUUUUAAGAAGCUAUAAGAAGUUUGGUCAUCCACUUGGGAGGAUCGAGUCAAUCGCUAUUGAUGCCGAACUUCAAGAUAAAUCUAUGUCAGACUUAGCAAACCUAGCUAAAAGCUUACAAGAGAAAUGUUCUGAAGCAGUAAGAGAUUUUGAGGAAAAAGCCAGUGUUGAUACUUCAGAAACAAAGGAGGCCGUAAGUGAGGGUGCUUCUGCAGAUAACAAAUUGGAAAGUGGAAAACAUGACAUCGAAGGUAAAAAGAAAGGAGCCAUAGUAAGGCUAGGUGGAGUUUCCGUUAACGCAUUAGCCAUAGUAAGGCAUCAGAAUGAACUAGAACCAUUAUCUAAAUGGAUUCCAUCUUCUAAUGAAGAACAGAAAAAAUUUGAAUUGCCAUGUUUGGUCAAAGCAGUUCACUGGGAUCUUUCAUGGGAUUCGCAUGACGAUGCAAUGCUUUUAGUUGGCAUUUUUAGACAUGGCAUAGGGAACUGGGAGUCAAUAAAAGAAGACCCAGAAUUAGGGCUAAGUGAUAAGAUCCUUCAAAGUGGAAAUAGUAAACCGCAAGGGAAGCACUUACAAACAAGAACAGAAUACCUUCUUAAGCUUCUGAAACAUAGUGAAAGGAACAAGACUGUGGUAAUUGCUCCACGGCCAAAGAAGCCCAAGUUUAAAAAGAGGAAAGAACUUAAUGAUAAGGCUGAUAUGACUAAAACUGAGGGUGAUCCAAAAAAUACCAAGACUUUCAAGUCACACGGAGCCUCUAAUGUCAGGAGAAAUAAAAAGCCGAAACUAGAUAUAGCAUCAGAUGGUUAUGAGAAUGUAAAGAUAGAGAAUUCAGUUACAGGCUCGAAAGAAAAAACCAAGCUUAAGAAAAAGGCAGCCAAAAAUGAAACCGGAAGCAAGAUAGAACAGCAACCGAAAGAAUAUAAAGAGAAGAAGAAAGUCAAGAAGAAGAAAAUGGCUGGAACUGAUUCUAUCCUCGAUAACGGGAAUACGAAGAGCUUAAGCAACGAUAAAAAGCUUACCAACUUGAAAAUUAGCCCCAAAAAGAGGGUUAAGCAUACCAGCGCAUUAGAAAAAUCUGCAGAGGAUAAUGCUUCACUGCCGACUUUGAAACUUGACAACGAGGCAUUUGUUGCUUGUAAGGAGAAAAUGCGACCGGUUAAACGUGCACUCAAAGUACUAGAGCAACCAAUGGAAGAUAUGCCUCAGGAACAACAAGUAUCUCAAACGAAAGAGUGUCUGCUACAAAUCGGUGAUCAUAUUUCGACUGUUUGUCAUGAAUUCGAUGCGAAUGCUACAAAACUUUGGAAGAGCAAUCUGUGGAUUUUUGUUUCCAACUUCACCUCUUUUGAAGCAAAGCAGCUACAUAAGGUUUACAAACAAGCCGUCAAAGAAAGAGAAACUAUGAAAAAUAGGUCAUAUAAAGAGGAAAUUGUUGGGGCUAGCCGUAAAGCUUCAUCUAGGUAA